CGCCCUAUAUUUCCAUCCAUAGCACAGCCGCAUGUUGCGUCACCACCAGCUGUGUGGAUUCAUGGAAUAAAGAUCCACUUCUGUUACAUGAAACCACAUGCUGUUUACUGUACUAGACGUGCAGAAUAUAUAGAUAUCAGAGCCGUUCUCAUCGACAAACAAGCGCGUGGAUAACACUGCGUUUCUGUAUCUUAUCGACUCUUGAAUAAGGAUUUAGACGGACGCGAAUCAUCCUCUGCGGGCUGUUUUGUCGGUCAAGGGAGCUAAAAUGUCGAUUGAAAAACAAAGUGUGUCCGAGGAAAACCUUCAGGGUUCCUGGGUGGAGCUGAAUUUUAAUAAUGGAGGCGGCAGCACUCCUAAAGGAGGCUCUGAGGAACAGUCUGCCAGCACCGCCCCAAGCGGAGACCUGGAGAAGAUGCUGCUGGAUGCUCAGCACGAGUCGGGCAGGAGCAGCUCAAGAGGAAGCCUGCCAUGUGACAGUCCUCCAAGAUCCCAGACUCCUUUGCACUUGCGCAGGGGCUCCGAGGUCCACAGCUCUGGAGAAAAGAACAGCUCACAGGGAGUUUCUGCUGAGACACCCGAAGCGUUCCAGCACCCUCAGCAUGAGGAACACCGGUGUGAUGAAGAAGGGAGGAAUCUUCUCAGCAGAAUUCCUCAAGGUUUUCCUGCCCUCUCUUGUCCUUUCGCACAUCCUUGCUGUGGGUCUCGGGGUGUACAUCGGAAGGCGCAUUACUACUUCUGGCACCUUUUGAGGGAGCAGGAAAAGCCAAGAAACAAGACAAAUCUCAUAUACGCACAUCCACCAUCUCAGCUGCUUUGUCGUGAAUCAGUGCUUGUGUAGAUGCAGAUAGGACGAGGUCACGUGACAUUUCCUCUCGCUGCCUGUGGGCCGCUCUGCCUCGCUUCCCCCUUGUGUAUUCCACUGGCCUUUCCCAUAGUUCCUCUCCCAUAAUGCCAGUCCAUUCCAGGGCUAUCAGCACAGGGAAGGCCAUGCUACUUAUGGGCACAUGCCGGAUAGAAUUAGAUGUAAUGCAUCCUCAUAAUUUUGUAUUUACUCGUACCAAGACUACUGAGAAUAUUAUGAGGAUCAUAAAAUAAGGGAUGAGAGAGAGGAAAUUAAAGUUAUGGAUCUCCAGAGAUGUGGUACGUGUAACUGCAGACUGUGAAUUGGGAAGAGAUUUAACUAUCUACCCCAUAUCAAAACAGGGAUUGUAUGUAUAUCUUAUGGUAUAUCUCAACAUUUGAUGAUAUAACAAUAUAGGACUUGUUUUACCUUGUCACCAUGUCUAUGUAUCUUGAGGUAGUUUCUGUAUUUAUGAUGUUUCAGACACCACUUUUGCUUUGGGAAUCAAGCUGUUGACAGUAUUAUACAACUAAGCAAUGGUCUUUAGUAAAUACUAGCCAAAAAGUUGAGUACCAUAUCAACACUUUUCUGAAUGUCAAUUGAAAUCACUAAUAAAUGUCCAACAUAAGCUGAGAAAUUGCUGAAUCAAGUUUGCCUCACCUGAACUGCAAUCACAGAUGUUCUUCGUUUUUCUGAAGGGUCCGGGUUUCAGCCCAGACAUUGCCUUAAAUAAAACUGUUAAUGAAUCAGGCAGGAGUAUAAGGGAAAUGGUGUUAAUCUGUGCAUGUUUUGUAGUCUUGAAAAAUUGUAUUCAGUGUAUGUGUCAAUUUCAUAGUGGUUUUGUAUCAACAAAUAAAUGUCUGCCAA